GUUUCCUCUUAGCCACAUUUAAAUUUUUUUAUAGUAGAUUAUAAGUAAACAACAAUAACAUGAAUAAUAACAGCAUUCACUCAGCAUAUGCAUUUUAACAGAACCCCGCCCUUGUUCUCUCCCCUCCACUAGCUAGAUAAACAGUCGAGUAAACACUAAACAGAAGUUGUUUUCUGACUGACCCUGGUGUGGGUAACCCCAGACUAGACUAGAUACUCGUGGCACGGUACACUUAUAAAACUAUGGCCACUAGAUCUAGUCAAAAUUGUUUAGGUAUUGAUAAUCUUGUCGAUGUUCUUGACUUGUUAAAGAGAUGUGGCUUCCCAGAAACAAAAUGGCACGAGCUUGGACUGAGACUAGGACUAAGGAAGAAUACACUGGAUGCUAUUGAAAUGAAGUAUCAUGGUGAUCUGUAUCGUUGUAUGACAGAGUGUCUCUCCCAAUGGUUAGGUAGAGCUGAUAAUGUUGACAGUAGAGGAGGAGCCAACUUGGACUCACUGUCAGAUGUUCUACGAUUUAUGAAUGAAAGUGCUGUAGCUGAGAAAUUAAGUGAGUCAACCAUAGCUUCUCUUUGUGAUUCUGUUAGUAUUGCUUGGUUACUUUAUGCUGAACGUAAGUAUUUUCCUACUCCUGAAUUUGAUGUGGUUCCUGAGACUAUUAAGGAUUAUGAUGUAGUUACGCAAGAUAAUGCAAGUACUGAUGAAACCAAGAUACCAACUAAUACACAAUCUGCAUAUGAUAUGUCUCCUAAUUCAGAAGUUUCUAGUAAUUCUUCUUCUCAACCUUUAUCACCUCAAGCUGAAGUACAUAUACCUGUUCCAAAAGAUCUGCUUGCUAACUUUAGUUCCAUAAGGAUGUCUUACGUGAGAAUGUUUUACAAUGUUUGCAAGAUUUUGGAACAGAAAUUGGAAGUUGCAGACAUCAAGAAGUUCCUGUUUUAUUACAGUAGCUCCCUCAGCAAGAAAGUCAACAAAUGUUCAGAUAUUUCUAGUAUUCUUCGUCAUGUUAAAAAGGAGUGUUCAUUGACUGAUAUUGAACUACUUCAUAGCAUAGUAGAAGAAAUGGAUAUCACUGAAGCAGAGGAAUACAUUGAGACAUAUAGAAAAAAGUUGAGUGAAGCUUGCAAGUCUCUUUCCAUCAGUCUUUGCUUGAAUGAACGAUUUGAUUCUAUUCCUCAUCUUCAAUGUCAGACAGUUACCUUUAUCUUUGACUGGAAACCUAAGGAGCAUAUGUUGGAAGACAUCAAGGAAAUUCUUGCCAAAGUGUCCAGUAAACUACUGAAGAUUCAGUUUAUAGAGCCUAGCAAUUCAAUAUGUGAACUAAAAGAAAAGGAUCAAGACUUACUACGACAUACUGAGGUUAUUUCUUAUAUUAUACUUGAAGAAACUGAAUAUAUACUGAGAGAUGCUAUCAGUAGCAAAGAGAAGGAAACAAAUGAUUUAAAACAAGAGCUAUCAGGGGUAUUAUCUGAGGAAGAAUCAUUGUCUGUUCAAAGUGAUACUGAAUCAAUUAAAGAAGUUAAAAAAGAGCCACUUGAUAAAGAGUUGACUGUAUUGAGCUCUCAGUUUAAUGAGAUUAAAGAAGAGAACAAAGAAUUGUCAGACAAACUAUCAGGAAUGAAAGUUGAUUAUUUGAGAUCACUUUCUAGUAAUACUGAUUCAGCUGCUAGCAAAGUGAGAAGAGGAAUGGCUCUUGAAAUUGAUGACUGCAAAUGCUGUCUCGAAGCAAUGACAAGACCAGACUAUCAGCCAUUAGUAGAUAAUAAAAGAAUAAUAGAGAAAUUACAAGAAGAAAUAACAGUAGCAAAUAUGGAACUAAUUGCUGCAAGGAAGCUCAAUAAGAAGAUUAUAAAAGAUAUUGAAGAUUUUGAAGAUGAUGAGCCUGAAGUUGAAGGUGAUGAUUCUGAAGUUGAAGAUGACGAUUCUGAAGUUGAAGAGAUUGAGUAUGAUAGUCUAAGUGAUGAAGAGGAUCAACUGUCUUCAUUCUUAUUAUAUUGUAAUCAUCCUGUUACUGGUGAAUUAACUAGUAAAUUAUUUCAAGUACAUAAAGAUGAAUUACUACCCACAGUACUGGAUACAGCUUAUGAGUUAAUGGAAUUAGCUCCUCAUAUUCCAAUUGAGAGAUGCCGUUUAGUUAAAUAUGAUAUUAUUAAUGAUAUAAUGGAACAGUCCUUUGAUCUUGAUAAGUUUCAGGAUCAAACUAUUGGACAGCUUAUGGGUGUGGCUGGAUAUUGUGGAUUAUUCUUAGAAACUUGUAGAGAUAUUGAGACUUUUAAGAAAUACAGUACUGGAGAUAUUUAUCUAAAGAUAUCAGUGGUUGAUCUGUUCACUGGUAAAGUAGGACCAGCUAAACCAAUAAAAAGUGAAGAAGGUUGGACUGUUGGAGAAUUGAAACAAUAUAUAGGAGAAUUAUUUAAUCUCAAUUCAUCAUGUAUGAGGGUACUGUUGUAUAAUGAAGCUCACUCAGUCAUACAUUUAAAAGAUGUUGAAAGGUCUUUAAAAAAUGUGCUUUUUAAAGGAGAUUUAUUCAGUUCACACAAACUACACGGAGAGCAACUUGUAGUACCAACAAUAUAUGUAUCAUCGGAUCCUAUAGAUUUUUUAGAGGAUUACAAAGAUAGUUUGAUGCACAGAUAUGUUGAUUUUCACUUCAACUCAAUACUAUUGGACAUUACACUACCUCCUCCUCAACCUGAAGCUACUCACACUACAACCAACCUACCUGAUGGAAGAUUAAUAAUGAAAACUGUAUCAAUAAAUGAAGAAGAUAAAAGAAAGAUACAAGUACAAGUUGAUAAGAGAAUAACAUUAGCUGAAUUGAAGGAGGAGCUAGUUCCACUGAUUGGUGUACCACCUGCUGGUUUUAGAGUGUAUGGAAUCAGAUAUAAUAAUGAAGAAUAUGAAAUGGAGGGACUGGAUGAGACAUUAAUGAAUAUCAUAUCUGGAUCAAAAGUAUUGAUUCACUUCUCCUUUCUAUUAUACAUUGUAUGAACUAAAAAUACUUUGUUUAUCUUCUAG